AUGAAGAUAUUUCACGAUGUUUGCCAGGAUGCUCCAAAGCCACAGCCAACAACACUGGUCGCUAUUGCUUCAACUCAAGUUGCUCAACAUCUCGACAUUCGUGCCGCAACCACGACACCAGCAACUGCUUCUGGCACCGGAACUUUCACUUGGGAUAGCAAAACCUUCUACGUCAAUGGCAAAGCGUACCAGAUCAUCGGUGGCCAGAUCGACCCUCAACGGGUGCCCCGCGCCUACUGGGCUCAGCGGAUUCAGAUGGCCAAGGCGAUGGGACUUAACACCAUAUUCUCGUACUUGUACUGGCAUCACAUCGAGCCGCAUCAAGGUCAGUUUAAUUUCACGGGCAACAACGACGUUGCCGCGUGGUUUCAGGAGAUCCAGAACGCAGGCAUGAAAGCGGUCCUUCGUCCAGGCCCAUAUAUCUGCGGUGAGCGGGAAUGGGGUGGGCUCCCGGGAUGGCUCACUCAAAUCUCAGGCUUGAAGAUUCGCUCUAACAACUCUCCAUUCCUCACAGCGUCUGGCAACUACUUUGCAAAGGUCGGCGCCCAGCUGCAGAGUGCCUUAAUCAGCAAUGGCGGACCCAUUCUCAUGGUCCAGAUCGAGAACGAGUAUGGAUAUGUGGGGAGCGAUCAUGCUUAUACAAAUGCUCUGUCGAAUCUUCUCAAGACCAGUUUUCCCAAUACGAAGCAGUACACGAAUGAUGGAGCCCAGGAGGGAGCCAUCAAAAGUGGUCAGGUACCUGGCGCAUUAUCGGUCAUCGACGGCACCGAUUCCAAGAAUGGGUUCAAGCUUCGUGACCAAGUAGUCAAGGAUCAAAGCAGUCUCGGCCCUCUGAUGAAUGGCGAGUAUUGGAUUCGCUGGUUCGAUUCCUGGGGUCCCCACAAUGGUCACUCGAGUUACGACGGUGACACAGCAGGCAAGGCAGGGCGAGCCAGCGAGCUGGACUGGAUUUUAUCUAAUGGUCACCACUUCAGCAUAUACAUGUUCCAUGGCGGAACAAGCUUUGCCUUUGGUAGUGGAAGUGGAGGUCCGAAUCCUGUGUCACCUUUCACCACGAGCUAUGACUAUGGUGCCCCUCUUGACGAGACGGGCAGACCAGCGAGCAUAUACACCAACUUCCGCAAUGCAGUCAUCAAGUAUUCACCUAAUACACCCGCCGUGCCUUCAACACCACCUCUUGUCGCCGUGCCCGAGUUCGCACUGAAGCCGAUGCAGGGUCUUUUCGAUACAUUGCCGACCCCGCGAACUUCAUCGUCACCAAUGUCUAUGGAAGCUACCGGGCAAGUCUUUGGGUACAUCCUUUACGAGUCUAUCAUAACAGCCGCCGCUUUAGGUAAAGUGCAGGCUGGUCCCGGUGCGCCUCGUGACCGAGUUAUCAUCUAUGUGAACGGCCAGAAGAAAGGUGUAAUUGAUGCCAUCUAUAAGACGCCGGCCAGCAUAAGUAUCGACGUGGUCAAGGGUGACAAGCUUUGGCUCCUAGUGGAAAAUCUGGGACGCGCUGACAAUGGCUUCAGCGACCAAACUAAGGGUGUCGUUGGCGAUGUGACCGUUGGCAGUACAAAGAUCACGAUCUGGAACCACUACAACUUUCCCCUCGAAGCCGCCCCAGCACUCAGCGGCAGUAAGUCUGUUACAGCAAAUGGCCCGCCAGUGUGGUAUCGGGGAACUUUUACCACUGCUCAAAAGGGCAUGGCAGCCGAUACAUUCUUAUCUUUGCCAGGAGGCGUGAAAGGUGUGGUUUUCGUGAAUGGUUACAACCUAGGUCGGUAUUGGACUAUUGGGCCACAACAAGAACUGUUUGUUCCGGGUUGUUAUUUGCGAUCAGAUGCUCCAAAUGAGGUUAUCGUACUGGAGCUCGAACCGGGAACUGCGAGUCGUACAGCUAAAGGAGUAGCAACUCGAACCUGGAAGAAUAAUGCGGACCCAGAUUGUAAUAACUGUUCGUAA